GACAGCCCACCUCUGCUGCAGUCAUGGCGGAAGAAGAGGAAGACCCGCCUUUUGAAGAAGAUACUGAGGAGGCUGGUGGAGGCCCAGAUGGUGCACAGGGCAAAAGGAAACGACUGUUUUCCAAAGAAUUGAGAUGCAUGAUGUAUGGCUUUGGAGAUGACCAGAAUCCCUACACUGAGUCUGUGGAUAUUCUUGAAGAUCUAGUCAUUGAGUUCAUCACAGAAAUGACCCACAAAGCAAUGUCAAUUGGACGGCAAGGACGAGUACAGGUUGAAGAUAUUGUCUUCUUGAUCCGUAAAGACCCACGGAAGUUUGCUCGUGUGAAAGACUUGUUGACCAUGAACGAAGAACUGAAACGAGCUAGAAAAGCAUUUGAUGAAGCAAAUUAUGGAUCUUGAGCCUCUUG